GGUGUACUGUUCUUGGUAAUGGCUACAGAGCGCUUCCAUCGCUAUCUGUCGAGUCCCCAUUGAUGGCUACACUCUUCACAGAGAGAGAGAGAGAGAGCUACAUGCUCAACAUCUCUACAUCAAACAAUUCCGCUCCACUUCAGUGAUAAUGAGUUUCCGUUGGCUGUUUCUGUUAGAACUGCUCUCCAGGAUUUGCUUUCUUCACUUGAAUGGAACCCGUUAUCUACUCUUUUUUUUUUUUUUUUUUUCAGUUUAAUCCCUGAUUUGGUUCAUUUUUUCUAAAUCUCUACAUCAAACAAUUCUUUCCCUCUUUGUCGUGAUUUCACCAUAAUCUGCACAUUUUUUUCUGCAUUUCUCUGUAGUUCUAGAAAAAAUUCUCCUUUUCUGCUAUGAUCAUCCCAUUUACUUUGCUCUAUAUUCAUCGACGGCUUCACGAUUUCGACCCUACGGGCACGUCCCUUUUUCCUCGUUUCUUCAAUUCGUCUAGUGUUAGCUUAUAUUUCUGCUGAUUAUAAGUUUAAAACCAGCUAUUAGCGUUCUUGGUAUUUUCUUCCUGUAGUCGAAGUACCUAUAUUUUAUAUUUCCAUACGCACUUUUGCUCCAUGACGUCUCUGCAAGGUGUUUGUUUCUGCAAUCAAUAUCAGAUUUUCAUUAGAACUCCUGAAUUUAGAUCGAAAAGAUUUGGUUUCAGAAACUGCGUCUUCCGGUGUGAAGGAGGAUCGCCGAGUCUGGACGGAGGGAAGAAUGGAAAGAAGAAGCUUCGCAUUAUGAUAGCCGGCGGUGGUAUUGGCGGGUUAGUCCUGGCUCUAGCAGCCAAAAACAGAGGAUUUGAUGUCAAGGUGUUUGAGAAGAAUUUGAGUGCGGUGAGAGGGGAGGGUCAGCAUCGAGGCCCAAUUCAGCUCCUGAGCAAUGCGUUGGCAGUGCUGGAAGCCAUAGAUAAGGAUGUCGCAAAGAAAAUCAUGGAAAUUGGUUGCGUCACUGGUGAUCGGAUCAAUGGCCUUGCGGAUGGCCUCUCAGGUGAAUGGUUUACCAAGUUUGAUCUACUGACCCCUGCUGUAGAGAGGGGUCUCCCUGUUACUCAAGUAAUCUGCAGAAUGACACUGCAAGACAUAUUACUGGAUGCCGUGGGGUCAGAUAUAGUUUCUAACAGAUCUAAUGUUGUGGACUUUGUGGAAGACUCUGAUAAGGUUACUGUAAUUCUUAAAGAUGGCCGGCAGCAUGAAGGUGACAUUUUAGUUGGGGCAGAUGGAAUGUGGUCAACAGUACGUGCAAAAUUAUUUGGGGGGCAAGAGGCAAAAUAUUCAAAUUAUACAUGCUACAGUGGAUUAGUGAACUAUGUUCCUCCCUAUAUUAACACUGUUGGGUAUCGGGUGUUCUUGGGCUUGGACCAAUAUUUUGUUGCUUCAGACGUUGGAGAUGGGAACAUGCAAUGGUACGGGUUCCAUAAGGAACAUCCUGGGAACACUGAUCCUCCCCGAGGCAAGAAAAAGAGGCUUCUUCAAUUGUUUGGGAGCUGGUGUGAUGAAGUCACCACUCUAAUAUCAGAAACACAAGAACAUAUGAUACUAAGAAGAGACGUCUAUGAUAGAGACAUGAUUUACUCCUGGGGAAGAGGGCGUGUGACUUUGUUAGGUGAUGCUGCCCAUCCAAUGCAGCCAAAUCUUGGCCAGGGGGGUUGCAUGGCAAUUGAGGACUGCUACCAACUUAUACUUGAGCUUGAGAAGGUUUUUGAGCAUAUCAAUGACGCUCAAGUGUUUGAAGAAAUUGCUUCUGCACUUAAAAGAUAUGAGAAGAAAAGGAUGUUUCGAGUCAGUGUGAUACAUACAUUGUCACGGAUGGCAUCAAGAAUGGUUACCAAGUACCAACCUUAUUUGAAUUUUUCACCAGGUCCUCUCUCUUUCUUGACAACACUGCGUAUAACACACCCUGCAUUUCACGGUGUGCGUCUCUUUUCCCAGCUUGGAAUGCCUCAGUUGAUGACUUGGAUGCUUUCAGGUCAUGGGUUGUGAAAGAACAAACAAGAGAAAGGACCAGAGGAGCCAGGCUUUAAACUCUACAGAGGAUGUACAAUAUGCUAGAAAAAAUAAGGAUGAACAAAACAAGUCUGCUCUCGAUAGCAGUUUACUGUUUGUUUGCAAGCGCAACUGCCAAUAAGCUGUUAAUUGGGAAUCAACACAAGGAGGAAUGAUAACAUGGGGGUUUGCCAUUAAAACUGAGGGAAGGAAUUUUUUAUGCAUGGUAGCUUUGAAUGCUGCGUGAAGAGUUGUGAUGAAUACCCCCUUUCGGCUA